AUGUCAUCCCCUAGACCAGCUCAAGCAGCUGGAUCAACUCAACCUCUAACCCCCCCCGACGACCCAUCCUCAACCACCAACCCAACCACUUCAUCACAAAACGCCGCACCCGAGUCCAGCAUCCCAUCUGUCCCCUCAACUUCUCUGAAUGACAAUGGGAAAUAUCGACGACCACGCGAUGCGCGCCUCAUACACAUGCUUCUCGCCUCUCUCGGCGUAACCGCAUACCAAGAACGAGUCCCCUUACAACUCCUCGACUUCGCAUACCGCUACACAUCAUCUACGCUCCAAGACGCCGUCCAUCUCGCCAUGGAAGGGUACGCAGGCGUCCCCACGGGCCCCGGCGAAACGAGCGUAUCAACCGGCAGUGGACGAGGGGUCGUUGAGUUGAAUACGAUCACACUCCAAGCGUUACGACUGAGCAUUGCGUCUCGAUUACAUUACCAGUUUCAGCCUGGUCUCCCAAAGGAGUUUUUGAUAGAUGUUGCCACUGAACGGAACAGAAUCGCGCUCCCCGGUGUUGCGCGCGGCGGAGAGACGGCUGCAAAAAGUUCAUUUUCGAAUGUGUCCAUGGGUGGAAUGAGGCUUCCGCCUGAGCGGUUUUGCCAAACGGGCACAGGGUGGAAUUUGAAGGAGGAAUGGGAGAGUGAAGGGGAAGAAGAUGUGGAGGAAUUGGAGCUAACGGCGGUGGUACCGGGAGCCAUGCAGAAUGAGAAGGAUGCUGAGGCGGAUGAAGAUGGUAUGGAAGAUGAUGACGAAGAUGGGAAGAUGGAGGAUAUUUUUGGGGAGGAUGUUAAUAUGAAAGAGGGCGAUGAAGAUGAGAAUAUGGAGGAUGCUUAG